UCCUUCCUCCAACGAAAUGAACAGAAUCGGACGUGUGUAAAAUUUUCUAUAUUUCGACGUUACCUUGCAAGCCCUUGAAGAAAAAAUGUCCAGAUUUUCAAUUAGUGCCAAAGAUUCGCCAGGCUGCGCGACAACUGGAGUAACUUAGAAGUGAAAUUUCGAUCUGAAAUGGUUGUUUGUUUAUGUUUACAUGCUUGAAUCCCGGCCGCCAUACUUAUUUUCGUGAGAAAAUUACCAACACAACCAAAACUGUCUUAUACGCCACCAGUGUAUUUUACGUCGUGCUCUUUCGAUUAUUGUGAUGUGAUUAAAAAGAUUUUCUUUGAUAUUACUAUUCUGUUUGAAAGUCGAAAAUUUCGGGUAUCAUUUCAUGCAAAGAGUUGAGUGAUAAACGUGGAAACCGCUUGGUAAUUAAUAGAAGAGAAAGUAAACAAAGAGAAACUGUCACUUGCUUAUACGCCUUUAUGAAAAAUCAACCGAUAAUUAGCGUUGGAACAGUCUGACAAGCAUUUGAUUAUUUUAAUAAUUUCAAUUAAGGAUGAUUCGGUGUACACGUUUGAAUCUAAUCCGGUUAUAUAAUAGUUCCGGCAAUGUUCAGUGCACUGUGAGCCGUAAGUUCUGUUCUGAUUCUGGAGACGAAAAGAAAAUGUCAAAUAAGGCUACUAAGAAAGUUGAUAAGAAAGCGGAUAAAAAAUCUUCGGCUAGUUUGAAUCGUUUGAAUGACUUGCUAUCUAUGAUGAGUACAAAUAGUGAAGUGCAGCUGAUAAAACCGGUUCAAAUAGCAAAACCACAAAGUCAACGAAAAGAAAAAGAUAGGCAAUCGAAAAAGAAGUUAGCAAAACAAGAAGAUUCCGUUUCAGAUGACGACAAAUCGGCAGAUUUGGCGAAGGCUACGAGAAAAGUUGCCAUUUCGCUUGCAGGUGAUGUGAACCAAACCGAAGCUGAGCUGUUGGCUAAGUUGUUAGAGGGAACGAAAACUGGUGGCGAUAGUUUGAGCGACAUUAUUACGGGCAUGCAAGUCGACAAAGGCGAUACUAAACAGAGCGAAGUAAUUAAACUAACAAAAAGCAGUACUGUUAGGCAAUCCAUUGAAAGAAAGGCUACGAAAGACCUAUAUGGUAAACCUCGUGAGCGAAAACGACCAACCGAAAUGGUACAGCGAAUCGGAGUCAGUGUUAAAUUAUUUGAGGAAGAACCACUUAAUAUUUUUAACGAUCCUACUGCACUGAAGGACUGUCCGGAUAUAUUAAAAAUGUGGAACAAGCUUCAAGACCGAGAAUUACGCCUGGCUGUAACUCACCCUCCAGCAAAUCAUUUUCAAAAGUUGGCGCGAUUUACCGAACAGGGGAAAUUGUGGAAGUUUCCUAUUGACAACGAACAAGGAUUGGAGACUGAAGCAAAAGUUUACUUUACCGACCAUAUUUUUCUUGAAGAUCACUUAGAAGGUUGGUGUCCUGAACGAGGACCCAUUAGACAUUUUAUGGAAUUGGUGUGUGUUGGUCUUUCAAAAAAUUACUUCAUUUCCGCGCAAGAAAAAAAGGAACACAUUUUAUGGUUCCGAGAUUAUUUUGAUCUAAAGAAGGAUAUGUUAAAUCAAGUCAUGCUACAGCAGCAAACGGAAGCAGAUAAGAAAUUUGAAAAAUAAAUUAAUUACCGCUUUCGUAAUAAUGAAACUUUUAUUACAGCUUUGGAGUUUGAAUCUACACACAUGGAUGACAGUAAUAUUAUUGAUUUCUAGCAAAUAAAUGAAUUGCAAAGUUUUUACACCAAUCAACCUA